AUGUUGAAGUUGAAACUUGCCAAGAAGGCAUUUUGGGAUCCUGAGGGUCGUGAUUUCGAGUUCGUGGACUGUUGGGAAUUGUUGAGGGACGUUCCCAAGUUCCAAAGUGUAGCUGACUCUGCAAAGAAACCAAAGAAGAAAGCUGAUGAGGAGGUUAAGGCCCAAUAUGAACAGCGGCCUAUGGGCAACAAGAAGUCUCUUGCUCUUGUUGCUCAAAAGCAAACAGAAAUUGGAAAGCAGCAAGCCAUCCUCGAGAAAAUCAAGCUUGAAGCUGCUUUCAAUGCGAGCAUGGAGCAAGUCUUCAGAAAAAAUGUGGCCAUCGCUGAAAACGCUGCAAGAGAAGCGCAUGAGCGCCACAUUAUGUCUGUGGACAUCUCGUCCAUCCUUGAAGAAGAUAGACAGGAGUACUACCAGUACGAGAGAAUGAAGAUCAUUGCGCGUAUCAGGAAGGAGAAGGCUGAGAUGGAGAUGGCCGAAAAGAAGGAGAAGGAGAAGGAGCAAAUCGUUUUGGAUGAUGAUUCAUCUUGUAAUGAUGAUUUUGAAGACGUUGAAGAAGAAAUUCAAUCAAUUGAAUCAAAUAAAUAA